AUGGUACGCAUCGAAAUGGGCGGCCUGCCCCGUGUCAACAUCGACACAUCGCGGCCCGGUGACCUCAACAUACGCGAACUGAAACAGGACAUCAGGCGGCAGAUGCGAGGCGGCGGCCGUGCCGUCCACUUGAGUUGGGACACUGCCAAGCCACGACUGGUGCUGACCAGCGACACGGACGACUUCGAUCCGACCAUCAUCUCACACUUCGAGGAGGAAGGGUUCCAGCUAAGUUACCUCAUCUACUCGGGCAACCGGGCCGAGUAUAUGUCCCAUCUGCAGCACUUACAAGAUCCACUCGAGUUGGGCGAGAGGUACGCAAUUGUAGCGUACGGCGACGCGGCCGCCCUCGUCCUUGAAGCCUGCAUGAAACCCAUGCCGAAACUAGUCGCCGCUGUUGCUUAUUAUCCGCCAUACAUGCCGCGCACGACAACAAAUUUCCCGCCGACGCUCAACGUACUCAUUCAUCUCGCGGGGGAUCAAAAAUUUGGCACCCGGUACCCAUCCUACCGAUAUCCCGGCACCACCUCUGGCUUUGCGGAGCAUGACCUCGAAGAAUACGAUAAGAUCGGUGCGUCGCUGGCGUGGUCACGCACAUUGUCGGCCCUCAGAACGGCCUUUGAUUUCGAGCCAUUCGACAUCGAGGCAGCCUGGGAGACCCACCUGCGACUCAAGUUCGGAGAUCAGGAUGCUGAAAAGACGAUGGGAACUGUGGCAAGGCAUCCGUACGUCAACCAUGGCCCAACCAUGACCGGAGGGAUCGGACGUCAGGAACUGCGCCGGUUCUACCAUGACUUCUUCAUCCCAGGCCACCCGAAGGACUUGACGAUCAGAUUACUCAGUCGCACCAUCGGCUCGGAUCGCAUCGUGGACGAAAUGUAUGUCAAAUUCACGCACACGACAGAAAUCCCGUGGUUGCUGCCAGGUGUGCCCCCAACGGAGAAGAAGGUCGAGGUGGUCAUUGUCAGCGUGGUGGCCUUCCGUGGCGGCAAACUGUACCACGAACAUGUUCACUGGGACCAAGCCUCGGUCUUGGUGCAGAUCGGAUUGCUCGAUCCCAAAUAUAUCCCCAAGACGUUCAAAACAGCCGAGGAAGGCAGAGAAGAAGAGGUCGAGAGGCUUCCUGUCCUCGGAAGAGAAGAAGCCAGGAAGUUGCUGGACGAGGAUGGUGUCCCCAGUAACGAACUGAUUCCUGACUGGUGA